AUGGAGACGACGCACCGCACGAUCCUCAUGCUCCGCUGCAAGGUCGUCGUCGUCGGCGACGCGACCGUGGGGAAGAGCGCGCUCAUCUCCAUGUUCCACUCCGGCGGCGCUUACCCGAAGCAGUACGUGAUGACGAGCUGGGUCGACUUCCGCGUCAAGCAGGUGAACAUCCCCGACACGUCGACGGCCGUCGAGCUCUACCUCUUCGACUGCGCGGGGCAGAGCAUCUUCAACCAGAUCGAGGCGAACAACGUCCACUACGACAACGCGAGCUUCCUGCUGCUCGUCUACGACGUCACGUCCCAGGCGUCCUUCGAGUCCUGCGGCAAGUGGCUCCAGCAGGUGCGCAAGGGCCGGAGCCGGGGCGCCGCCGUGCCCGGCGUGCUCGUCGCGAACAAGAAGGACCUCGCGCAGUCGGGCCGCCGCUGCGUCACGAAGGAGAAGGGCGUCGAGUUCGCCGAGGCCAACGGCCUCGCCUACUUCGAGACGUCGGCCCUCGAG